CCCCGCCCACUGGAGCCCUGAGCUGCGGCGGCCGAGGCGGCGGUGGCGCUUCCCCAGAAGCCCCUCCCUCGGGAGGAAAGCGGAGCCUAUCACCAUGGACAGGGUUUGCUGAUUACUAAGGCUGUGUGCAACUUGAAAGGGAUGCCACAACUUGAAGCAGAGGUUCCCUCCGAAGCACUAGAUCAGAAGGGCUGUACUGCUUCAGUCUCACCAUUAUAAAGAGCUGCUGCUCAUACACAAAAGCCCUUCCCACUAGAGUGAAGUUACUGGCUAAAUCAAGUUGACCCUCUCAGUGCUUCUAGUUGAUACAAGAAAUUGACUUUUUGCUACUCUGCUUCCAGACUGGGAAGUAAACGACACCUGCAGUAAUGCCUAUGUCUGAGCCUUCUAGUUUUCCAUCUUGCCAGCUUCAGUUCUCAGAGGUCUUUAAGAAGGUUGUUUAUGAUGGAAUUGACUUGAAAAUCCAUAGAACUGAGAUAACCUACAAUCAACCCAUAUAGUGUGUGAUAGACAGACAGAUAAGAGGGCUCCGUGUUGACCAUGGCAUCAGACAGCAAUGUCAACAAAAUGAUUCCUGUUCUCAGAAUUAGUCAGCUGGAUGCACUUGAACUGAACAAAGCCUUGGAACAGCUAGUUUGGUCCCAGUUCACUUGCUGUUUUAAUGGAUUUAAACCUGGACUCUUGGCUCGCUUUGAACCAGAAAUUAAAGCAUCUCUGUGGAUUUUUUUGUGGAGAUUCACCAUCUGUUCCAAGAAUGCAACAGUAGGGCAGGCUCUACUGAAUAUUCAAUACACAAAUGAUUUAUCCCAGAUACAGAAAUAUCAGACAUUGAGCAAACAACAGAAAUUAUGGUAUCUUAUUUGUACUGUUGGUGGGAAAUGGCUGGAAGAAAGGUGUUAUGAUUUAUUUAGCAAACGUCCAUUGGACUCAUUCCAAAGGACAAAAUAUUUUAUUAACUUAAUAGUCAGGCUUCUCAGACUCUGUGAGUUGCUAAACUUUCUAACUUUUCUUCAGAAGGGAAAAUUUGCUACACUUACCGAACGUAUUUUAGGAAUCAGAUCAGUGUUCUGCCAGCCACAAGGUAUCCGUCCCAUUGCGUUUGAAUUCAUGAACCGAGAACUCUUGUGGCAUGGAUUUGCUGAAUUUCUGGUGUUCCUUUUGCCACUUAUUAACAUGCAGAAACUCAAACUCAAGAUUUCUUCUUGGUCUUUACCUGUUAGGAAAAACUUCAAUAAUGAAAAUACAUCAGAAAUAAGUCAUAAGGAAUGUUCUGUGUGUGGGGAAUGGCCUACUAUGCCUCAUACUAUUGGCUGCUCACAUGUUUUUUGUUACUUAACGUAA